AUUUGGAUGUGUUUGGCUGCUGAUUGCUCGGGAGGGGUGGUUUAUAUGGCCGGCAACAAGUUGGAUUUGUUCUAAAAAUGAACACACGAAAUAUCUUCGUCUUUGGCGUUAAAUACAGACAACGACAUCGGUGUCGAGCACCAACAACGCAUCUUCGUCCGAAGAGAUCUGAGAAGAGCAGAGCAGAGCAGAGCAGAGGAAUUUGAUUUUCAUUUGAUUUUCCUUCGGUCUCCCCGUCGUUCGCGAUAUUUUCCUCUAUUGUGUGUGGGGCGUGCUUGCCUUUCCGUGCCGUGCUCUCCUCCACGAUCCAUCUAAGGAGCAUAUUCUGAAAAAAACGAUGAUUUUCUUGACUUGAUUUUCCCGCAAGUAGUUGCGUUUUGGAUGUCACCACGAUGUACACGCGCACAGUGGCGAUGCUGCUCGACCGACUGCCCGUGGGAGAGUGAAGUAAACCAUAGACUGAGACUUCGACUGGAACUGAGACAAGGAUUACCAGCCAUUGGAUAGAUCUAUAGACUGAGACUGACACUAUAGGCAAAUAACAAUAAACAAUAACAAAAACUCCAACAGCAAGGAUCAGGAUGCAGCAACUAACGAGGGUCUGCGAACUGAACGACAACAGCAUCCAUAACAAGGUGAAGACAACAGCCACUCCCCCAGCAAUCAGCAAUCUGGAGCCGCUGCUGCCCAUCAAGCUGGAGCAUGACCAUGAUCUGGAGUCAUGGCUGCCCCCAACAGACCGUGGGCACCAGCGCCUUGAUCUGAACACCACCCGAUUGCUGUUGCAAGGAUCCGACGAUCCCUUGAUUUCGCACGGCGCCUCCAACGAUGCCCACGACGAGGACCAUCCCUUCAAGACACUGCUGGCCCGCAAGACCGCCAGCCAGGAGCAGCAACAGCGGCAGCAGCAGCACAACGCCACUUGCAGCCCGCUCACCAAGCAACAGCUAAAGGCCAACCUGUUGAUGGGGAAUCGGAAGACACACUGGCCACAACCCGCACCUCAGCUGCCAGCUCCGGAAGAGCCACCAACUCUACUUACACAAAAGACACCGCGACCUGCUACCAGCCAGAGCAGGUCCAAGAAGCGGACAAACUCCGCGGGGGCCAUGAAACUUCGCUUCCAUCACCAGGCGCUGCCUGCGGAGUAUGCGGCCCACUACGAGGCGACCCAGGGUCGACAGCCGCCCAGACCCGUGCUACAUCCACCGCCACAGCCUCCUCCUAGCCAGGCCCACGAAAAUGUGCGAAGCUGGCUGAGGAAGAUAGCCGAGAUACAGCGCAGUGCGGAGCGGCAGCAACAGCAACAGAAGCAGGCAUCCACCAGGAAGGACUCUCCUGUUAUGCGCCCUACGCCCCCCGCCGGAGUGCCACCACCUGCAAAGGCGCCAGAGGUGGCCGCACCCUCAAAGCGGGGUGCACUGAAGUACGCAGAUCUGCCCUACAUGGGGGAGCUCACGCUCGACAACUACAAGCCGCGACGCGGACGAAAACCGAAGAAGGCCGACAUCUGCCAUCUGAUUUACAAAAACUACGGCACCAUCGUGCCAACCACAAGCGCCGUGCGCCUUCCUGUGAGUGCUCCUCUGCCGGACACUACCGUUCAUAGGGCCACGCCAACGACACUGAGGCCAGAGGAGCCACUGAAUCUCUGCCUACGGGAUCAGAGCAGUGAUCGUUACUCCAUCUCCAGUGGGGACAGCGACAAGCCCACGCCGACGCCGACGCUGACGACAACGACAGCCACCACAGACUGCGGAAGCUCCUCCCAUCGAACGACGCCUCUGAGCGCUGUCAAGCCCUUGACCUUGGAGCUUGUCGGAGGUCACGAUCAGCCUCUCGUCGCCUCCAAGCUACUGUUGCAACCUGUGGGGCUGUACUACCAGCAGCUGAUGGAGUCCUGCAGCUUGGGCUGCUUGCCCGUGCCCGUGGAGACCAUCGAGAAAGACAACCAGCUCUCGCUGAAAAUACCCAUACCGAGUGGGUUUUUUUCGAACGAGGCCAUGCCCCUGCCCCUGGCUCUGCGGAAGAGGAAACGCUCUGCUAUCUUUAUCCCGCCACUGCCUGCCGAGCACUCGUCGAGCCCCUCCACGGAGGUGAGCAUCUGUAAGUUCAAGUUCACGGGGGCCAAGCCAACUCUCCAGGAGAAGAAGAUGCUGUCGGUAGACGCCGAGGGAAACUAUCGCUACUACAACGGCACUGGCGACAAGACAAUGCGGGGCUAUGAGUUCAUUUCCCGGGAACAACAUCAGCAGCAGCAGCAGGGCCAGGCCCCAGGACAAGAUAAACUCUAUGUGGACAUACCACCACCAUCAACGGAUCUCAGUCUCGAGCUGCUCCAAAUACCGCCCGUGUCGCCCACCUCUUCGCUGCUCCUCUCCAGCGCGAAUAGCAUCGUGCCAGCGAUUGCACCACACAGUCCUGCCUCCAGUACUCAGAGUCCCAUGCCCCCCGCCGUGUUACCGAGCCUGCCGCCCUUUAAACCCUCGACUGGGAGCGAAAGGAAGCGUCGGAGCUCGCGACGGUCCAAGCAGCGAGAGAAGUUGGAAAAGACAUUCAAGGAGAAGGGCUUUCUCAUCCAGACACAGCAGCUACAGUCUGCCGAGGGUGCCACCUACUGCAAGUUCAGGCAGCUAAAGAAGUUCACACGCUACCUAUUCCGAAACUGGAAGGAUCACAUACCAGAGAGUGAUCUGGUCAAGGACCAGAGCGGCGUCAGGGAAGACGACAGUGUCAUAGACAACCUGCUGGGACUGGAGAGUCUGGCCAGCCCGGCCACAUGAAGCUGUCAAAAGUUUUCUGAACCACACAAAGCACUGCCAAAGAUUUUUAGGAUUAAGACAAGACGCUUGCCGUUUAUUCCGUCCAUGCAGGCUGCUCCAGAAGAUGGGCAUCCAUGAUCUAUGAUCAUUGAUCCAACAGCACCGCCUCCUAGUCGCUCAUCAGUUUUUCUUAGUGCCUAACGAUGUGUUAUUGUUAACAAAUAAAGUCAAUGUUUAACCCU